CCACAUCCUCCACGUCCCACACAUACACUGCGAGCAACAUGAGCGGGAAACUGGCUAGCGACUACACCGCCUGGAAGAAGCUCCAGGAAAUCUACGACACCCAGCAUGAGACUCUCAAGCUCAAGGACCUCUUCGCGCAGGACCCGGAGCGGUUCGCCAAGUUCAGCCGCGAGUACGUCUCAGAGGAGCCCUCUGUGCGGCUCCUGCUUGACUUCUCAAAGAACCUGAUCACGGAGCCUGUGCUCGCGACGCUCCUCGACCUCGUGCGUGAGGCGCAGGUCGAGGAGUUCCGCGACAAGAUGUUCGCGGGAGAGCACAUCAACACGUCCGAGGACCGCGCGGUGCUGCACGUCGCGCUGCGCAACUUCGACGAGUUCAAGAUCAGCGAGGCGGGCGCAGACGAGGUCCCCAAGGUUCUCGCCCACAUCAAGGAGUUCACCGAGGCCGUGCGCAGCGGCGCGUGGAAGGGCUACACCGGCAAGACGAUCAACACCAUUGUGAACAUCGGCAUUGGCGGCUCGGACCUCGGCCCCGUCAUGGUGACCGAGGCGCUGAAGCCGUACGCGAAGCGCGACCUCACCGCGCACUUCGUGUCGAACAUCGACGGGACGCACCUCGCGGAGACCGUGCGCCUGUGCGACCCCGAGCGCACGCUGUUCAUCAUCGCGAGCAAGACGUUCACGACGCAGGAGACGAUCACGAACGCGGAGAGCGCACGUGACUGGUUCCUCGCGACCGCAAAGGACAAGGCGCACGUCGCGAAGCACUUCGUCGCACUCAGCACGAACACGAAGGCGGUCACCGGGUUCGGCAUCGCCGAGCAGAACAUGUUCCAGUUCUGGGACUGGGUCGGCGGCCGCUACUCGCUCUGGAGCGCGAUCGGACUGUCCAUCGCGCUCGUCAUCGGGUACGACAACUUCGAGCAGCUGCUGCGUGGGGCGCACGCGAUGGACCUGCACUUCAAGACGGCACCGCUCGAGCAGAACCUGCCCGUGCUGCUCGCUGUUCUCGGCAUCUGGUACAACGACUUCUACGGCGCGCAGACCCACGCGCUGCUGCCCUAUGACCAGUACCUGCAUAAGUUCGCGGACUACUUCCAGCAGGGCGACAUGGAGUCGAACGGCAAGUCGAUCACGAAGCAGGGCCAGCGGGUUAACUACCAGACUGGGCCCAUCCUCUGGGGUGCCGCCGGCACGAACGGCCAGCACUCGUUCUACCAGCUCGUGCACCAGGGAACGAAGCUCAUCCCGGCUGACUUCUUGGCGCCCGCGACGACCCACAACCCGAUCGCGAACUCGAAGCACCACCGCAUCCUCCUCAGCAACUUCUUUGCUCAGCCCGAGGCUUUGGCGUUCGGUAAGACCGAGGAGGAGGUCCGCGAGGAGCUCGGUCCCAACGCGUCUGACGCGCUCGUCAAGUCGAAGAUCUUCGAGGGCAACCGGCCGAGCAACAGCAUCGUCUUCCCCCUCCUUACCCCCGCUACUCUAGGCUCCCUGAUUGCCAUGUACGAACACAAGAUCUUCACGCAAGGUGUUGUCUGGGGCAUCAACUCCUUCGACCAAAUGGGUGUCGAGCUCGGCAAAGUCCUUGCGAAGAACAUCCUCAAGCAGCUCGAUAAGCCCGCAGACGUCACGGGCCACGACAGCUCGACCACGGGCCUCAUCCACUACUAUCAGAAGUGGCGGAAGGAGUGACUCCCCCCACGGACCGAUGGAAGAUGGUAGAUCGAGGUCAAGGCCGCCUAGCAAGCGCUAUCGACGCCUUGUAGAGCCAGCGGCGCAGGAACGAACGUGAAGCAGUGUAAUCGCAAAGUGUAACAAUUUAUCCGCGUUCGUAGGAUCUAUCGGGAGGAUUUUCAAGCUAUGGCCGACGGUUGUGAUAGUGGCUAUCUUAAGGGGCGCCGCGACGUCUGUGCCGCUGCCGUGAGGCUUAUCUGCCUUCCGUUCUCAGGUCUGUGGUCAUGUUAUCUAUACCAGCGGCCAUGGACAGUGACCCGAAAAUGCCUUUG